ACCCGAUCAUCAGAUAGACUCAAUUCGUUUUUUUGUUGUUAAUUAUUUGUCCGCCCUGGGACUAACAGAAUCAAGGGACAUGGGGAGAAAGACGGAACGCGGUACUGAUUUUAGAUGAUCUGCCAUGAUUAUAUUGAAUGGCGGUGCUGGCUCGAAGGGCCGAAUGGCCUUCUCCUGCACCUAUUUUUCUAUGAUUGUAUAAGACGUUAAACAUGUCUGUGUAACAACCAUUACAAACUGCAAUUUUGGUUCUUGAGUUGGUGUUUGAGAAAGCCGCUGCGAGUUGUUUUCAGUACAUUGCUCCGUGCUGUUGACUAUUUCAAGGGUGCCAAACUCCUUGGCUGUGUGCGCGCUGCCGCAUCCGAUACAACAGUCCUGAGCCGUUCCCACAGGAAACAGGAAAGGAGAACAAUCACCCACUUCCCUGGGUCAGAGGAGCUGGAAUCCGCCUUGUCCUCAACCUUGCAAUAUUUCAGCCAAUUUUCUGAUCCAGUUUUUAUUUUUUAAAGAAUUGUCCCUUGCCCAAGUUCUGUGACACAAGCGAAAGAUCAGAGAGAAAACCAGUCACAUGGAUAUAAUAAUGGGGGAACAGCGAAAACGGAAUAAACCCGUGAUGUGAAAUUGACCGAAUACCGUGUGGCCCAGUAAUGGAGUUACUGGGAAUUUUGAUCAUUCAUGUUACCUGUUGGUUAAGUCCAGAUUUAGUCGAGGCAUUGCUGGAUUUAACAUUAAUAAACUCCAGCCCUCUAAUCUCCACAUCGGAAACCUCAUUCAUAUGUGUCCUUCAUGGCUCACCUAAUCCUGACCGGAUAUCAGUUGCACGUGAUAUCGAUGCCUACCAUGAUCAGCUACAGAGCCCUCUGGAACAAAGAAUGACUGAAAACUAUUCUUCAAGUGUUUUGUGGAGUAUAGACAAGAAACGUGAAGGCGAAGGUGUAUUCUUCUGUGAGGGAAGAGUGAAAGAAGAAGUUGCGCGAAUUACUACAAUGAAGAUGUUACAAGAAGCUCACUUCUUGCCAGAUUUACUUACUAUUACUGUGAGUAAAGGUGAAAGCGCUACCAUUCGGUUCCACCGACAGCACAAGACAGAAGCAGAUUUAAUGAUCUAUAAAAAUGAUACAUUCAUCUCGUCCGUUCCUCAUAAUGACAUCACGAAUAUUUCGGAAUAUCAUAUCCCCUCAGCCAGCUUGGACAAUGCAGGUGUCUACGCCGCAUAUCUGAUCGGACAGAGCAAUUCGUCCAUAGCCUUUACACGGCUGAUAGUCAGAAAGUGCAAGGCAGGAAAAUGGGGAGUCGACUGUACAAAGGACUGUCCACUGUGUGUGAAUGGAGGGAUUUGCCAUGAUGAGUGGGGACAUUGCAUCUGCCCACCAGGUUUCAUGGGCAAACAAUGUGAAUCAGCCUGUGGCGAGAAUACAUAUGGCCAGAACUGCACAGGAGCAUGUAAAGGAGGGAACUGCAGAUUGUCCAUGUUCUGCCUGAUGGAUCCAUAUGGCUGUUCCUGUGCAACAGGAUGGAAAGGGCUUCAAUGUGAUGAAGCUUGCGACCCUAAUUAUUAUGGGGCCAAUUGUCAACUCAAGUGUGAUUGCUACAAUGGUGAAAAGUGUGAUCGUUUCCGAGGUUGCCUGUGCCUGCACUGUGAGAAUGAAGGUUUUGGCAUUAUGCUUCCCCAGCUGGUGAAUUCCAAUGGUAACAUUGAGGUUAACACAGGAGUGACAAUGCAGAUCAAUUGUACUGCAACUGGACAGCCACGAUCAGUGGAUGGAAACAUACAGCUUAUCACACCCGAUGGAACGGAAGUAAAUCUCACAUCCACAAGAAUUAUUACACACCCAUUCAAUCACACCAUUAGCACAUUCUCAGUGCCAAAAAUGUCCCCAUCGAAUUCAGGGGAGUGGAUCUGUCGUGUUAAAACUCCAACUGGCAUGGCCGCAAGAUCAUUCAACGUCUCAGUGAAAGUCCCUCCUUCACCUCAGACUCCUCCAACCAAGGCCAAGAGCGGCACACGAUACAUUAUUGUUAAUGCCAACGUUGAGCCGCACAUGGGUGAUGGACCUAUCGUCCAGACCAAACUCUUGUAUAAGCCCACUGGAGCACUGCAGUCAUGGUCAGCAGUUGAAGUAACAGAUGCGUCGGACGUGGUGAAACUGGACAAUCUGCAACCAAUGUACCAAUACAAUGUAUGUGUUCAACUGAGCCGCCCAGGAGACAGAGGAGAGGGACAUCCCGGUCCGGUGGCAAGUUUCUGGACCGAUUGCGCAAAACGGCCUCCCGCUCCCACCAACAUCAAGAUUUUUAACAUCUCUGACUCUUCAGCUUUCAUAUCCUGGGGAAUUGACGGUGGCAACUCGAUAUCUUCUAUCAUCAUACGUUACAAAAUCUUUGGGGCUGAUGAUUACACCCAGGAGACAGAAAUCAAAAUGAAAGACACCAUUGCUUCGCAGUUUCAACUGCGAGGCCUGGAGCCAAAUUCACCAUACCUAGUGGAACUUUGUGCGAAGAACAAUAUUGGUGAGAGCGAACCCAACCCAACAAUGGAACUGCAUACACUACAGGAGUCUGCAGCUCUCGUUCUACAACAUGGAAGGCACCUGUUGCUUUAUGCUAUUCUGGGAUCAGCAGGAAUGACGUGCCUGACCAUUCUAUUAGCCUUUUGCAUCGUGCUUCAUUUCAAGCGGAGCAACUUCCAACGGAGAAUGGUUCAGGCUUUUCAAAACAGCACGCGAGAAGAGCCGAUAAUCCAAUUUAAUGCAGGGACCCUGACACUCUCCAGGAAAACAAAGCCUGAGCUGCUCAUGCCAAUCGUCUACCCUGUCCUUCACUGGGAUGACAUCAAGUUUGAAGACAUUAUUGGUGAAGGGAAUUUUGGACAGGUCUUGAAGGCUCGUAUUAAAAAAAACGGGCACAAGAUGAAUGCUGCCAUUAAAAGAAUGAAAGAAUAUGCCUCCAAGGAUGAUCAUCGGGAUUUUGCUGGUGAAUUGGAAGUCCUCUGCAGGCUUGGUCAUCAUCCAAAUAUCAUCAAUCUGCUUGGAGCCUGUGAACACAGGGGAUACCUCUACGUGGCCAUUGAAUUUGCGCCACACGGGAACCUGCUGGAUUUUCUGCGCAACAGCAGAGUACUGGAGACUGACCCGGACUAUGCCAUUGCCCACAGCACAGCCUCCACCCUCUCCUCCCAGCAGCUGCUGCAGUUUGCAGCCGAUGUCGCCAAGGGCAUGGAUUAUCUCAGCCAAAAGCAGUUAAUUCACAGGGAUCUUGCAGCUAGGAAUGUACUUGUAGGAGAUGGCUAUGUCGCAAAGAUCGCUGACUUUGGAUUGUCUAGAGGAAAGGAAGUGUAUGUAAAAAAAACAAUGGGAAGACUACCAGUCAGAUGGAUGGCCAUUGAAUCUCUAAAUUACAGCGUUUACACGACCAAUAGCGAUGUAUGGUCCUACGGCGUCCUUUUGUGGGAGAUUGUUAGCCUGGGUGGCACACCCUACUGUGGAAUGACCUGCGCAGAACUCUACGAGAAGCUGCCACUAGGAUACCGGAUGGAGAAACCACCCAAUUGUGUUGAUGAAGUGUAUGAAUUGAUGAGACAGUGUUGGAGAGAAAAGCCUUAUGAGAGGCCGAUGUUUGGUCAGAUACUGGCACCGCUGAACAGAAUGCUUGAGGAGAGGAAGACCUAUGUGAACACAACACUUUUUGAGAAAUUCACCUACGCUGGCAUUGACUGCUCUGCCGAAGAAGCUGGAUAAACAGUUCGUGAGGAUAAGCAUCGCAGAAAUUAAGCCAAAUUGCAUUAGUACACUAUUGUAAAAUACAGAUCACCAUCAAAUAUAGCAUUACAAUAUAUACUAGAAAUAUACUAUAUUAUAUUUGUGAUGUGAAAGGUAUUGAAAGUGAAUGUUUAAGGAAUUAUUGCAAGCUCCCAAAUUGUUACUAGUUUUGAAAAUUGGUUAAAAGCCAUAAUGCUUUGAGAAUUUCCAUGCUAGUGAACACAAUAUUAAUAAAUUUACACCCAAAUGGAAAUAUGCCACACAUUGAUCUUGAAUUGGAAACACCUUUGCAUUAAUCUUAAAUUCAUCCCUUAGUGGAGAGGUUAAUUUUAUUUAAACCACCUAUAUGGGCUUUUUAAGCGUGUGAAAUAUUCCCGCAUCGUAACUUUAAGCCUUCAGGGAAAAUAACACACAGACAGAAAUUGUAGAUUAAAAAUGGUGCAAUAAAGAAAUGCUUUCACGGCUUUAGAACAUCACAACUACUUUAUACCAAUGUAUAAACUUUCUAGAGUGAAAUCACUUCAAAAAACAGUGUGAUAAUGAACAGAUAAACUUUGUUCCAUUGUAUUGGUAGAGUGAUAAAUUCCCAGAUUUAGACCUUUUAGAGAUACAGCAUGGAAACAGGCCCUUCAGCCCACGGAGCCCAUACCGACCAGCAAUCACCCCAUACACUAGCACUAUCCUACACACUAGGGGCAAUUUACAAUUUUAGCAAAAGACAGUUAACUUACAUACCUGUACAUCUUUGGAGUGUGGGAGCAAACCCAGGCAGUCACAGAGAGAACGCCCAACUCCAUACAGACAGCACCCGUAGUCACGACUGUACCCGGCUCUCUGGUGUUGUCAGGCAGCAACUCUACUGCUGCACGACUGUGCUACCUCUUGCUGGGGAGAAUUCUUGGCCUUUCGUGAAAAAAUUGUAGUGGGACUCUUUCUCUUUGUGGUCAAUAUGGCAGGUAGGUAGUAGAUAGAUUCCAACAUGGAAGUAGAGCUGUAUAGUAUUUAGAUGUUGCAGUGGCCCAGUUAUUGGCAAUUAUAUAUUUGUCUUUUGUUCUUGGCAUUUCAUUAUUGAACAACUUGCAGUUGAACAUGCCAAGGUAAUAGCUUUUUUGAUUUUAAUUACAAGGGCAUCUAAUCCAAGGCAAAAUUCUCAAUGCUACAGUUGUUAUUGAAUAUUAAUUCUGUUUAUUUCCAUGGUGCCCUGUACAAUGCCCAGGCCUAAAACUGGGGCUGUGGCACAUUGCAAACAUGAACAACAUCAAAAUAGGAACACUAAGUUAAAAGAAAUGUGUUAGAUUUUGAACCUGUGAACUUGAACUCAUUUUUUAAAAUCAAACUACCACAACUUCUCUUGGAUUUCCAAAAAACCCACUAUUUUUAUAUGACUCGGUCAAAACCUAUUUAAUUCCUGUUACAGCAAAAUACAAGUAGUUAGUGCUGCUGCUUCACAACUCAACUGAUUUGGGUUCAAUUCUGAUGCUGUCUGUGAGGAGUUUAUGUUUAGUUUAGUUUAGUUUAGAGAUAUAGCGCAGAAACAGGCACUUCGGCCCACCGAGUCCACACAUACUCUAACACUAUCAUAGAGUAGGGUCAAAUUACAUUUAUACCAAGCCAAUUAACCUACAAACUUGCACGUCUUUGAAGUGUGGGAGGGAAUCGAGUAUCUCGGAGAAAACCCACGCAGGAAUGUACAAACUCCAUACAGACAGCAGCCAUAGUCAAGUUCGAACCCGGGUCUCUGGCGUUGUGAGGCAGCAACUCUACCGCUGCGCCUCUGUGCUCUCUCUGUGACCAUAUGGGUUUCCUCCAGGUGUCUCAACUUCGUCCCACAUGCCAAAUAUGUGCUGGUUAACUCCUUCUGUAAAUUAUCCCUGGAACAAAUGGAUGGAAAGGAAAUCGGGGGCAGUUGAUGGGGAUAAAGAGGAAAGGAUUGAGAUUAAAGGCAGUGGGUGCUUGUUCAUGGAUACAUUGAACCCGCAUGCCUGUUUCCAUGAUGUGUGACUAUAGGUUAUAGCAUAGCCACAUUUAGUCAAAGGUAAUAUUUAAAAAUCUGCUUUAAAAAAAAUAAUUGCAUCGAUAUUUGUGUCUGACUUCAUGCAUGUAAGCAUUUUCUCCCACUAAUGUGCAGUAUUACAUGUCAUGUAUAUCUACGCUGGAUGAUAAUUUUGAAAGGAUGCAGUACCUUAGUGAAUCAGUAUGCAGUGAUCUCCAGCAUUGUUUGUUAUUCAUACACCAACGCAUUGGUUUGAGAAGAUAAUAAAAUAUUCUCCAUUUCUACCAAAUUACUUACGUUUAUCUCUGUAUCUGUUUAAUUCCAUAUGGUAAAAUAAAAUUAUUUGACAACUA